GCCUGGACCCAAAGUGCUUUUCAUUCCCAGGAUCUGGAGAGGGAAGACAGGAGCCAAGAGGAGCCAGCACCAGCGAUGCAGAGGCCCCACCUACAGAGCUGGCCAGGGAGAAAACUGACACAGAAAGCUUCAGAGCCCUCUGUCCUGGCCUUGCAGUGCCUGCCAGCACCCCAAAAUACCCCACAGGGGCUGGGCUCUGGCCUAGGUCAGGAGAGAGAAACUCAGAAACUGCUGAGUUUGGACCCUCUUCAGAGUCAGAGACAGGAGGACCCUAUGGGCCAGACAGAAAAGACACCUCAGGGUCAGCGAGGGGACACCUCCCAGUGGGGGAACAGAGAAGUAUCUCAGAGUCAGAGAGAGAAGACAUUCCAGGGUCAGAGUGGGGAGGCACCCCAGGAUGAGAACAAAGAAAUCCCUCAAAGAGGAAAUAGCCCUAAGUGCCAGAGAAAGGAGAUUGGGCAGGGUCAGGAAAUGAAAACCCUUCAAUCUUGGGAAGCCCCUCUCUCACAAGCAUGGGAGGUGACUCAGGGAGAAGCGCCUGUAAGGGCUCGGGAAAGGGAGAGUCCAGGCCGCUGGGGGAAAACCACCCAGCGAAUGCAGGCCAAGCCCGAAGGCCGGAGUCACAAAGCGGCCGAGGCCGUGAUAAAGCCAGGGGCCGCCCGAGAUGGGGCGUGGGCUCCUCUCCUGGACCCCAGGUCCCUGGCCCGACAACAACUCACAGGCCCAGGAGGUGGGAUGCUGGCGGCACUAAGCACCGAGGGCUGUGGGCAGCAGGCUACCCAGGGAGGAGGCCACCGUCCCGCGGAGCAGGAGGUGGGUGAGGUGAAGCUCCCGGGCGCGCUCCGGGAGCUUAGGGGCGUUCCUGGGGGACCCAAAGCUUCGAAGGCUGCGUGGCCUGGGCCCCUGGGCGGGGAGAAGGCGCCGGCGAGCGUGAGCGCGGCGCAGCAGAAGAUGGCUCUGCAGCGGCUGCUGGAGCUGCAUGGCGCGGCCAGGCGGCGACGGCGGCAGGAACGCGAGCAGCAGCGGCUCCGGGUCUUGGAACGGCUCCGCAUCGCCAGCCACCGCCACUGCCGAGUUCACCCUCUGGGGCUCCCUUCCAGCCCGGCUCAGCUCCCGCCACAGGCAAGAAGAGCCCGGGGUGAAGGCGGCGGGUCCCUCCGGACCUGGCCCGGGGAGGGACGGAGCGCCGGAGGGGCGGGUGUGUGAUGCAGUUGCUACCCUGGCCAGUGACAUCGGCUCAGCCAUCUGCCUACCUAGGAGGACGUGACCGGGCGGUGGAGCGCACUGCGGAAGCAGCUAGAACAAGUGCACCUGGAAAGGACCCGGUGGCUGCGGGCGCUCAGGACCAGGAAUACCCGGAAUUUCCAGGAGCUACUGUGGCCCCCUGGCGUUGAGAAGCCUGCACCUGAAGAAUAGCGCCCACACUUUCCGAUGGCUCUGGGCAUUGCUGGGUCUCUGAAGGGAUAAUUAAGGAGAUAGGAGUUAAGGAAAAGGCAAAGACGUCUACCGCCAGGUCAGAAAGGCCUAGAACGCAGCUUCAGGGCCAGGGAGAGCAGACCAGAAACACAAAGCAGCUUCGCCCUACCAGGAGGCCUGUUAUUUUUUCCCGUGCCUCCCACGGGCUAAAGGUCAGAGGGCCAGAUCCCGGGGAUCCAGCAUUGAAAAGGCCCCAUUCUUCCGGAAGAACGACUCUAUGUGGCACAUCUUGCAGGAGGCCAGUUCUUGCUUUGCUGGGGUACCUUGGGAAAAAAUGUCAGAGGCCAGGAAUGAGUUCCUGGGGAAGGAACUCAGCACAGAAGCUAACUUGUCUGCAUAGCACUAAGACUCUGCCUGUGUUGGAUCUACUUUUUGUGAAUAAAUAAAAAGCUUCUGAGGAGUAGCACUUCAGGAAAAUACAGGCUGGAUCCUGGACAUUGCACCAGUGGCAACAUGACCUGACAGCUGUCAGCCAUCAUCAUCCCCUGCUUCAGGAUCCCUUGCCAGCCCUGCUUGUCCCAGGAUAGACUGCAGAGAAGGGGCCUUCUACCUCUGCUCCCCUUACUUCUCUCUUAGGGUCCUAGGGGAAAUGUGGGAGCUUUUUGGGUAAACUUUCAACUGUACUGACCCCCCACCACCCACCUUUCCUGCACAGGCUCUCAAACAGCUGGGAAAAGAUCCAGGACUAAGUGAUCUCUCUUGAGAUUAGUGGCUCUCAACACCACCCAGCAAACCAGCAGCACUUUUGGAAAACCAAAACUGAGCCGGGGUUAGGGAGCAGACAGCCUUUCUGCCACACCAUUUCCACCUAUGCCUGACUCCACCCUCAAGUCAGAUUUCAGCAACUCCAGUUCUCCAGGUGACCUCACCCCAUCUCUGGGCUUUAAGUUACACUUAUAUUCCAGUAAGCCCUGAAUUUACUUCUCCAACUCUGACCUCAAUCCUGAUGUCCAGACUUUCUCCAUCCUGAAUGGUACUGCAAGUAACCCAUACUUGCGGUACCAUUCACAGCGCAACAUCUUCUCCCUUAGAUAUUUCUCCUUCCAGAUAUUCCUCCAUCCUGAUGUCCAGCCUCAUUGGCACUUCAAGCCUACCAUGGCCAAGCCCAUUCUGUCUUCAAGACCCUCCAGCCCUACCCUUUUCCAAUCUGGGUGUUGCCACUGGUCUCUCUUCCUUUCCCUCCCAGUCAACCCAUCCAUGUCUCCCUCCCAAACAUUCCAAAUUGGCUUCAGCUCUACUGCUAAUAAUCCCUCUAUCUGAAGCCACCAUCAUGUCUUGCCUAGAUAACUCAAAACAGAUGCCUAAUUCACCUGCCAGAUCCUAUAAAUUCCCCUGAAAAGCUAUUAACUACAAAAAAAAUUAUUUUAAAAAGCACUGAUCUUCUUAAAACCCUCCUCCAAUUAGAAUAAAAUCCAAACCCCUUUCUUGCCACUUGCUCAGCAUUGAGGGCUUCAGAAAGGCCUUUCUGGAUAAUUCAGUCUAAAGAAACACAUGUCCCCCACCACACCCAAGAACUUGUCCUCCCUGGACAUUUCCUUGUUGUUUGUAGUCUGACCUUCCAUUACAAUGUCUGCUCCCUGGCCCAUG